UUAUUACAUCAGUGGGCGUCACAUGAACUCCACCCUGACUGGCGGGAAGGGCGAGUGCGGCAUCAGAGCGCGUCAGGCAUUCCGUGACUACAUGGCAGAUUUCUAAAAGCCUCUCCACAUUCACUGGAUCAUUCUCUCAGAGAUCACGCAGCCGAAGUCAUGGAUGUCUGCUUUCUCCUCCUUGUGUCUUUUCUCUCUGUGUUUCAUUACAGCAAUGCUGACCAGCCUUUGGAGGAAACACUAGUUGUAGCAAGAAAGGUGGAUCUGCUCGGUGGCUGGACCGACGCCAACCCAGAGAGGGAAGAUGUUCAAGAAGCUGCUAAAGAAGCUGUAGAGUUAUUCAACACGAAGUCCAAAGCCAAGAAAUACUUCAAACUUAUCAAUAUCACAUCGGCUCGCACUCAGAUAACAAAUAUGAUAAACUACAAAAUAGAGGCCACUAUUGGAAAGACAAAAUGCCGCAAAUCAGACGAUGCAAAUAUUGAAGGUGCAAAUAUUGAGGCUUGUGGCAUGGCAAAAAAGCAACUGGCAUGUAAGUUUGAAGUAACCCUUAACCCAAUGAAUGAUGACCAUGAGGUGCAGAAGAUGUCCUGCAGAAGAUCCUCUUGAAUUUCACAUGGACACCAAGUUGCCACGGUUUUGCACUUUUGGAUAGUUGACCACACAUUCUUUUUCUUGAUAUAAUUUUUUUUGGGGUUUUUUUUUUCUGAUAUAUAGCUUAUGUAGAAUGUAGAACUUUUGUAAAAAUGCCUAACAUGGAUAGAAAAAAAAAAAAAAAAAAACUCCCUUUGAAA